CAGUUGUGCUGAAAUUAAUGCAUCGAGAUGAAGUUCGUUUUGGGGAUCUUGGCAUUACUCCUGUUUUCUCUUUGGCUGGAUGGAGUGCAUUCUAAAGAGAAGUCAUCAAAAAAAGGGAAGGGGAAGAAGAAGCAAUAUCUCUGCCCAUCCCAGCUGUCUGCAGAAGAUCUUGCAAGAGUUCCACCUAAUUCUACUAGCAACACAUUAAACAGACUUUUGGUCAGCUAUGACCCAAGGAUCAGACCAAAUUUUAAAGGUAUUCCAGUUGAUGUUGUAGUCAACAUAUUUAUUAACAGCUUUGGAUCAAUCCAGGAAACGACUAUGGAUUACAGAGUGAAUAUCUUCCUAAGGCAGCGGUGGAACGACCCUCGGCUUAAACUUCCCAGUGAUUUCAGAGGCUCAGAUGCCCUCACCGUAGAUCCAUCAAUGUUUAAGUGUCUGUGGAAGCCAGAUUUAUUUUUUGCCAAUGAAAAGAGUGCCAAUUUUCACGAUGUCACUCAAGAAAACAUCCUCUUGUUUAUUUUUCGUGAUGGAGAUGUCCUUCUGAGCAUGAGGUUGUCCAUAACCUUAUCCUGCCCUCUGGAUCUAACCUUGUUUCCAAUGGAUACUCAACGUUGCAAGAUGCAGCUGGAGAGUUUUGGAUAUACAACGGAUGACUUACGGUUCAUUUGGCAGCCAGGAGACCCUGUUCAAAUGGAAAAAAUAGCGUUGCCUCAGUUCGAUGUAAAGACAGAAGACAUUGAAUAUGGUAAUUGUACAAAAUACUACAAAGGCACUGGUUACUACACAUGUGUUGAGGUCAUCUUUACAUUGAGAAGAGAGGUUGGCUUCUAUAUGAUGGGUGUCUAUGCUCCAACUCUGCUGAUUGUUGUUCUGUCCUGGCUUUCGUUUUGGAUCAACCCUGAUGCCAGUGCUGCUAGAGUACCUUUAGGUAUAUUUUCAGUUCUGAGCUUGGCGUCUGAAUGCACUACUCUAGCCCAAGAACUGCCAAAAGUGUCAUAUGUGAAAGCAAUUGACGUGUGGCUAAUCACAUGCCUCCUCUUUGGCUUUGCCUCACUUGUGGAGUAUGCUGUAGUCCAGGUCUUCCUGAACAGCCCACAGAGAAUUGAAGCAGAGAAAGCCAAAAUUGCAAAGGCUGAACAAGCUGAAAAGGGUGUUAAUGCAGCAAAAAAGAAUAAAGUCAAUGGAACGGGUACACCAGUCCACAUCAUCAGCACAUUACAAGUUGGAGAAACAAGAUGCAAAAAAGUCUGCACGUCUAAAUCUGAUCUGAGAUCCAAUGACUUUAGCAUCGUCGGAAGUUUGCCUAGAGAUUUUGAAUUGUCUAAUUACGACUGUUAUGGAAAACCAAUCGAAGUCCUCAAUGGCCUGGGAAAAUCCCUAGCAAAAAACAACAAAAAGCCACCUCCUGCCAAGCCAGUCAUUCCAUCGGAAGCCAAACGGAUCGACCUGUACUCAAGGGCAUUGUUUCCAUUCACCUUCUUGUUCUUUAAUGUCAUAUAUUGGCUGGUAUAUUUAUGAUAGCACCAGUUCUCGCUCUGAGUUCACCAAACAAGCCACCAUUAUUCUCACACUUUUUAAGGCCAACCUGUGAUCUUGUCUACAUUUGCAGAGUAAUAUCCUACAUUGUAGAUGCCAUGCAACUGUAAUGAUAAUUGGCUUUUUAAAUGGAAGCAUGACACUGCAAUGUCUGUUCUUGAACUGAUGUAUAUAAGUGUAAGAUCAACACUCGGCUAUACACACGGUUAUGAGUAACGCUUACAUAAAUCCCCCCAACCUCUACUGUUUUCAUAUGAAAAGUUAUGAAAUGCUUACAAAGAAAAUUGUGCACGCUGAGC